AUAGUUUCAUAUUUUCCACUACGGCCAUCUACGGGGUUGUGUUUUGUUCUCUUCAAACAGACACAGCAGUAGAAUUGCACAAUUUUCAGACAAAAACACUAAUGACUCUCCAAAUUUGGUUUUCCUCGCUAAAAUCAUGGAAUUGUAAGGAGUUAUCGACGUUUUUAAAUUAUAAUAACUAACCGCUUAAACAUUAGGGAAGAGGAACAAUGAUAGAAACCAAAUGUUCAUUCUUCAAAACCUCAUUUUCCUUGUUGCUUAAUCAAUGCAAAAGCAUGAAAGAGCUCAAAAAAAUUCAUGCCCAAAUUCUAAAAUCCCCAAAUUUCUCUGAAACAGACCGUUAUUUCCUCACAACUCGCCUGCUCUUCUUUUGCGCCAUUUCUGAGGCAGGUUCUCUUCCUUAUGCUACCAAAGUUUUCAACAAUUUAGGAAGAUCAAAUCUUUAUGUUUAUAAUGCACUUAUUAGAGCUUAUUCUAGCAAAUUAUUUUCUGGGCAGUCUAUAAAUUCUUGCCCUUCUUUAACACUUUAUGUUCAAAUGCUAAGAAAUGGCAUUAGCCCUGAUAAUCUUACUUUCCCAUUUAUUUUGAAGGAAUGUACGAGAAGGGUUGAUUGUUUAAUGGGUUUAUCUGUUUAUUCACAAGUUGUGAAAUCUGGGUUUCAUGAUGAUGUAUAUAUUCAGAAUUGUAUGAUUAGUUUGUUGUGUGAAUGUGGGUUUAUUGGUUGUGCACAGAAGUUGUUUGAUGAAAUGCCUGAAAGGGAUGUUGUUUCUUGGAAUUCAAUGAUUGUAGGGUGCUUGAGAAAUGGGGAACUUGAUUUAGCUUUGUGUAUGUUUAGGAGGAUGGCGAAACGGAGUAUUUAUACUUGGAAUUCUAUGAUAACAGGUUUUGUUCAAGCUGGGAAGUCAAAGGUUGCUUUGGAGUUGUUUCAAGAAAUGGAAUCGAUUAAGGAUGAUGUUAGGCCUGAUAAGAUAACACUUGCUAGUGUUCUCUCAGCUUGUGCAUCUCUUGGCGCGAUUCAUUAUGGAAGUUGGGUAUAUGAUUACCUCAAGAGGAGGGGCUUGCAGAUCGAUAUGGUGACUGCAACAGCUUUGAUUGACAUGUAUGGUAAAUGUGGACACGUAAACAAAGCAAUUGAAACGUUUAGAGGAAUGCCAAAGAAGGAUGUUUUGGCUUGGACAGCCAUGAUCUCGGUCUAUGCUCUUCAUGGGUAUGGGAACGAAGCUUUGGAUCUUCUAAAGGAGAUGGAAUUGCAGGAAGUGAAGCCUAACCAUGUCACUUUUGUUGGGCUUUUGUCAGCAUGUGCUCAUGCUGGCUUAGUAGAGGAAGGUCGACGGUGCUUUGAGAUGAUGACAUGUGUUUAUUCCAUUGAGCCUUGUGUUUAUCACUAUGCUUGUAUGGUUGAUAUACUCAGUCGAGCUGCACUUUUUGAUGAGGCAGAGAAGCUUAUCAAUGGCAUGCCAAUGGAGCCGGAUGCCUUUGUUUGGGGUGCAUUACUUGGUGGUUGUCAAAUGCACAAGAAUGUAGAGCUAGGGGAGAAGGUUGCUAUAAAAUUGAUUAAUUUGGAUCCCCUGAACCAUGCUUUCUACAUUAAUCUUUGUGAUAUAUAUGCUAAAGGUGGUAGAUUUAAUGAUGUAAAGAAAAUAAGAACCUUCAUGCAAGAGAAGGGAAUCAUAAAGGAUUUGCCAGGCUCUAGCAUGAUUGAAGUCGAUGGUGUUGUUCGUGAAUUUUCUGUUAGAGGAUCACCUGAACUUGUGAUGGAUGAACUAGUUUGGUUACUUCAUAGACUAAAUAAUAAGAUGAAGAUAGGUUCUCAAGGAAAUGAUCUGGAUGAUAUAUAACCAACUACAGUAGUUAUGAAUGUUUACUGAUGUUAUGGAAUUUGUAUGACUUCAACGGACUUAAUUCUUUAUUUACGUGGUGGCAUGGUCUUUACUUCAAAAUGAGACCUCAAAGAGUUCUAUGGAAGUAGAAGAUGUCCUGCGCUGCCUUCAGAAAAGAGAGUCUCACAUAAACACCUCAAAAUCAUAACUUGUAUCGUAGUAAAGAACAUGUGCAUGAAUAAUAUCCUAACAAUUUACUCAUUAUCAGCCACGAAAUGCAAUAAAGAAAAUUGAUUCUGAUGCGGUCUUGGACUUGACAGAACACGACUUCUGGAUUUAUACAAGAUACUGUGACCAUAUGGUGCGAAGUUUGAUGCUUUUCCCUCUGCAUACAGAAGAAUGCCAAAAAGCUUAUGGGAGGACGAAGAUGCUGAUAGUCCUUGCAUAGUGAACCAAGAAUUUGAUUGGCAAUGGUAUAGCUAAACUUUGAUUCAUUCAUAUUGGUUUAUUUUGUUUGAGGGGUUCAAAAAAUUUCCAGAGAAGAACUUGGUGUAUAUAGCCAUUAAUUCUGGUGACCAUUUCCUGAUCAAGCCAAGUUCAAGCUGCAAGAUAUGAAGAAAGUUAAAUUUCCAGACAUUUUUUCACUAGUAGUUGAGCGAAAGCUAUAUUCUACCUAUGCAAAGGGACUAAUGAAGCCGACCAGGUAAGUAUAUGAGUUUCACUCUAUUUUUUUCGAUGGAAAUGAAAGGCCGUAAAUUCUGUAUAAAUAAAUUGAAUCAUCUUGCAAGUAAAAUGCUUUUCUUGCUUUUACAUUUUCAUCUAAAUUUUGUAAUAAAUUUGAAAUUCUCACUACUCGUUUAUAUGUGAAGAUGAGUUUUUCUUUU